AUGACGAGUCUCCGCUCGAAGAGUCCAAAUACUGUCACCUUGGUCGACAAAAUCAAGGCUUUGUUCAAAGAGAUCGCUGUUCGGCUGACGUUCAUAUUUGCCUCUUUCAAGAAAGUCAAAGGUGCCUUGAGAUUCAAAAGGGCCGGCACUGGCGAACUUGAUGAAGGCCAGGUCCGCAUUCAGGACGAACCUCCCUGGUGGGAACUGCAAAAACCGCCGCCUGCGGGACUUACCCCUAGAGGCACGGCCAGCAGCUUUGUUUAA